CUCUGUGACUCGGCAAAAAAUCCAAGAUGGCUUCACAAGGUGGGUUGAAAGAAGUUGUUUCUCUUUAUCAAACUCUGAUAAAGGAGUGGAAUAGAAGACCUGUUGACCUCGAAAAAGUUGGAAAGCUUCUUUCUGGAAUGAAGAUGGCUUUGAUUCAGUUCUCAUUCUUACCUACUUCAUCAUGCAAGCCAAGCCCACAAGAGUUAUUGUUGGCAAGGGAUGCAUUAGAAAUUGGUGUCCAGUGGAGUAUAUUAAAGAAGGAUAUCCCAUCAUUUGAGAGAUAUAUGGCACAGCUGAAACCAUAUUACUUAGAUUACAAGGGUACCCUGGAGGAAUCCGCAUACAUGUUCCAGCUUUUGGGUCUGAAUUUAUUGUCUCUUCUUGCACAGAAUCGACUUGCAGAAUUCCACACAGAACUGGAGCUGUUACCGGCUAAAGAACUACAGAACAAUGUUUAUAUAAAGCAUUCUGUCUCCCUUGAACAGUAUCUUAUGGAGGGCAACUACAACAAGGUUUUCCUUGCAAGAGGAAAUGUACCAGCUGAUAACUAUCACUUCUUCAUGAACAUUCUCUUAGAUACUCUAAGGGAUGAAAUAGCAGCAUGUACAGAAAAAGCCUAUCAGUGCAUAUCCCUUCCAGAGGCUUCCAGGAUUCUGUACUUUGAGAGUGAAAAAGACAUGAGAGCUUUUGCCGAGAAGCGAGCAUGGAUUCUAAAGGAAGAUAAAUAUUACUACUUUGAGCCAGAAACAGACAAAGAAACACAGCAAGAAAUUCCUGCUUACAAAAUGAUUCAACAUAUGCUUGAGUAUGCUAAAGAAUUGGAAAGAAUAGUUUGACAAAAGAUGUAUCACAGAACAAGAGCUUGUUUGUAUAUUAUGUUUUCGUAUUAUCUGUGAGUGAUGUAAGUUAACAGAUCAAAUACAAUAGAACUUCAAUGUUGUUAUUA